AUGGGAGGCCACUGGGCACACCACAGGGAUGGGUCUCAUCAUGAGCUGUUUCUUUGCACGAUUGACAGGGCGUACUGGUGGCGUACGCGAUCCACGCACGGUUCCCUUUUUGUCGAGCUUUUUGUGGACGCGAGCUCUGCUUCGGCAUCUCGUGUUAUCCAAAAAAUCUUUCCAAUGCAGAGGAGAUUUACCAACCAACCAACACGCAACAUGAUGACUGUCGACUAUCCAGGAACAGCCAUAGCCAAAUUAUCGGCGACCAAAGCCCCGCAUGAUGGCUGUAUCAGUCAGUAUACGGCGAACCUUGUCGUGGGAACGUGCCAUCCCGCGUACAACCACGACAGUUGCAGUCCUGAGACAAGAAAGCCAAGGCCCCGUAAGAUAUCAGUGGUACCGUAG